AUUUAAAAGAAAAUCCUUUUCAUACUGUAUGCUUAUAAAUAAAGGCAGCUAAAUCAAAACUGCACCAACGUAUUGUACACAACAGUAAUAUUGUAUUUUAGAAAUGAGACGUAUAAUCUUUACUAUCGGCGACCUAGUGCUAAUAGCAAUGUUCCUCAGCGACGGUCAAGCGAUGUUGUUUGGUGGGCAAUGUGACCUUUCGCCAGACUUUACCAAAGACAGUGACCCGGAUAUUCCAAGCGGGGAGAUCCAGAUCGUCGUACCAGAGCAAUGCACAAACGGCACGUUCCGCUGGAACUAUCCAGGUGGACAGACAAACCUAUAUUUCACCAACUUUGGCCGCCCCGCUGCCGCGUGUUUCCAAGAGUUACUGGGCGGUGACAUUUUCAACAUUACAGACAUCACGGACGGCCAUGGCCACACGAAGCUGCCUAGACUUCACAGAAACAGCGAAGCCGUCGUGUGCACGAACUCCUCUACUAUUCCGCUGGUGAUACAGGUGUCGGCCCGACCUCACAUGUACUACCUAGGCGAAUUCUCGUUUAUGAUCAAGUUCCCAUGAUAUCAUAUUCACGGCGUCACAUGAAAAAUGUAUUUGACGCAAUAAUGAUGACGUCGAAAAAUACACAAUCAAACGAGUUAUAUCAACACUCAUCGCAUCGUAAUUUCCAUAAUCAAUUUACCGACGGUACUUAGCUGCAUACGCAAAUUUGUCUGUACCUAUUUUUAAAAUAAACUAUUCAUUGAU